AUGGCUGAAGUGGACAUCGGGUGGGGUUUCCUCAGCCCCAAAGAGUGGUGCAGGACCAUGCUGACGUGUAAGCUGGCGAAGCAGUCUCUCCACUUCAAGCACGAGUGGCUGGCGGGACUGGGGUACAAGCUGAUCAAGCAACCCGAGGGGUUCUCCCCCUCCGCCCUGCUGAGCGUUCUUCUUCAGGAUCCGGCGUUCAGGCUGAACUCAAUAUUUCCCGGUAGUUUCGUACCGCACCUUCGGCGCGCUGAAGAUAACAACCUCGUAGCAUUUCACCCGUCCAACACCCCCACCAACCGUCCGCUCUUCGUUGUGCGACAACAAAGCGGAGAAACCUGGCGCACGGCACUUCUAACUGGCAAGGUCCACGAGCAAGCGAAAGCGGGUGCCGCGGCCGUCCACCUUGUCGCCUCUGAUACCCCCGCGGAUUCGAGAGCAUUCUGGACGGCCCGUCUCAAGGCGUUGCUGGAACUCCCCAACUUCCCGACCGGCGCACAGGCGGAAGAGACCAAAACGACGGUUCGCCUUCUUGUGGACCGAGAGACGGGCGCGGGCCUGUCCGCCUUGAUGAAGGCGUGCCUGUCGGUGGAAAAGCCCAACGGAACAACUACGCCGAUUGUUCUAGCCACGGUCAUCGGCGUGGCGCCUCGCAAACUGGCGGCCCCAGCGCUCCCCGCAGCCAAAUCUCCUCCUGCUGUUCCACCGGCUGCCCCUCCCGCCAAAUCGUGGGCUUCCGUCGCGGCUGCUGGCAUGCCACCCGCCGCUGCCAAGCAGUCGGAGGCGGCACAAAAAUGGCGGAAAACGGAGAGGAAAGCAGGAUCCAAGAAGGUGGGACUGUGGAGAAUGGUGACGGAAGAAGAAGUGGAGAAAUCCAAGAAUAUGGAGUUCCUAGACCACGAAGCCAUGUCAUCCCUCAUGGUCAAGGGCGGCGUGGCCUCCAUCCGCACGCUGGUGAUGCUCAUGGGAGGAGUCGCCGUCGAUGCCCUGAAGGCGGACGUGAGCACGCUUCCCAAGCUUAAGGGCCUCAGCAUCCCUCGCUCGGUGCGGCGGGCGAUGGUCAAGGCCCUCGCGAAAAGCUCGUGGUUCGCUCUCCUGGGCGUCUUCAGAUUCGGUGCCUUCUUCAAGAACCUGUUUAAGUGCAUCCACAUCGCCGAGGUGCUCAAAGACAGGGAGGGCAAAACCAAAACAGAACCGGACAAGGCCAAGGUGUUCCUCCUCCAAGCGCUUCUGAGGGGCGAGCGCUACCCCCGAACCCAAGCCGCGUACGACGCCCUCGCCAAGGCAGGGAAACCCUGGCACGAGCUCAUUGCCGCCCCUCUCGCUCGGAUUGCCGAGGACCCCCUGUUUCGGGUGGCCGACGAAUGGACCGCGCCUGGCUUCCAGGAGAGCCUGGCGGGAGCGAAGAUCCCGCUGCCCCGGUGCACGAGCGUGGAGAGCAUGCUGUGCGCCCACGGCAACAGAAGAGUCACCUGGCACGCGAUUUUCGAGUGCGGCGAGGUUACUUCGAGACAGAUUCUCCGGAACGUCGUCAAUCUGGCCAUGAUCAACUUCCCAGUGGAGGUAGUCAAGGUUCAGCUGCUCAAGUCAAUCGACGGCGCUCCCAUGUCGGACCUGCUCAAGGUGCACACCUUGCUCAAGAAGACGUUCACUAGUACCGAGGUGUCGGUUCUCGGCCAAGAAGCGUUCGAGGCGUCCUUCAAGGCCUUCAACAGGAUCGAGGCCGACAACAACGCAGUCGAAGAAGACGCCGCCAACCCUUCCCCCGCGCAGGCGGCGGCACCGCUGUCGCGGAGGGCGCGACGCAAGCGCAAACAACCUCAAGCAAACAACAGGCCGAACGUCCAACUCGCCGCCUUCUUGGACCAACAGGCCGAAACCGCCGAGAAGGUUGUGCCGCAUGUCCACCCGGAACCACCGCCGAGCAAGAAAUCGAAAACCGACGGCGAGGCUUGCCCCAGUGGGCCGGUUGUGGACGGGGCCGACGCCGGCGCCGCGGCAGAGGUUAAGGAGGGUCCGGACGAGGUGAGGGUGAUGCGGGAGUACAGCGUGGCGGACAAGAAAGGGCAACGGCACCAGAUCGUCCGGCCGCGCACGGUUUCGACCAGCUUCGGGCAGCCGUGCGUCGACGCGUACGUCGGCCUGGUGGUCUCGGCGCUGUCCCAGAAGAUGGAUCAGCUAGGCUCGCUGCCGGCGUUGUCGUCGCCUCUCGCCAGAAUCCCAGGCGGCGCCCGGGGGGACUCGCCCGUUCCUAUGGACGCGGAACAAACCAGGGACGACGGGUCUUGUGUGGAGGCGGGCGUCAUCGUGGGGGCGACCGUUGCAACGGACCAAAAGGCCCGGCCCGCCAAGGAAUCAGAGUCAAACCCCGGCGAGGCUGGAGCGGAGGGUGGCAACGAUAAAAGCGCGAAGGGAAACGGCGUCGUUGGCGUGAUAUCGUACACUGAGGAGCUGCGCGAGAACGUCGUCAGGACGGGAGUGCCGCCGCCGCUGCCCAAGUACACCAGGGCCCAGCUGUGGAGAGGAGAGGACCUCUGCCUGGAUCAGCUCGGGGCCGGGGGUAUGAAGGAACUCUUGGUCGGCAUCACUUGGUGCGAGCCAAAGGGAUCUCGCGACAGGAUCGACCUUGACCUGUCGGUGAUGGUGUACGAUUCCGACUGGAACCACCUGGCCGACUGCAGCUAUUCGACCCCGAACCUAUCCAUCGCUGGUGUACAGCACUCGGGCGACGUCGUGACCGCGCCCUACCCCGACGGCGCUCGCGAAACCUGCACCAUAGACUUCGCCAAGCUCAGAGAAGGGUUCCCGAAAGCCCGCUACAUCGUCCUCGCCGUGUACAGCUACUCUCGCCAGAAAUGGGACGAUCUAGAAGAUGCCUCGGUUUUCGUGGCAAACCCCCACGUGCUGGGUACGGGCCCCGGGGGCAUGUCGGUCAUUUGUGCGGCGAGACUGACGGGUUCCGCCACGACCAGUGUCGCUGGAUACCUCGACCUUGGCAGCCCAGGCAUGUCCGACGCAAAGGUGCCGCAGGGAGAAAGCGUCUUCGGCAUUCGCCAAAGCGUCCCGGAGAGGAAAGAACCGGCACCAGCUCCCAGCAACGACGCGCGUGUGCACUUCAUUUUCACCGACCAAGAGGCAAGGAUCGGCGGCGGUGGACACCACGCACUGGGCUCCAAAGAUACCGUGGGCACAAUUCUGUCGAAGGUGGAAGAGUCGCGCAAGAGUGCUGGGAGCCAGAGCCUGGCGGACGCGGCUGCUUUCCAGGCGGCCCUCGCGUGCGACACGGCUCGCAUCAUCCACGAAGAGCGAAGCCAGGGUCCGGCUACGCCCACGUUCAGGACCCUGGUUCGGGGGGACGGCGAACCCCGCUUCCGCUUCUACGAGCGGAUUGCUGCUGCGCUCGAAGACUCAAGUCCGAUCGCCCCGGCCGCACUCAAGAAGAAGGCCGGCGGGGGUGUCGGCACCUAUCCCGCCGCGGCCCUCGGUUCAACCGCCGGCCACGUCGAGCCGCAGCACACAUUGUUUUUCGGCGGAGAUUUGGACGACUGGCUCGAGGUGACGCGCCAGCACGAGAUCCGAGCUAAGGGGGGCAAAGGCACGCUGACCCUUGUGAACGUGCGGUCUGCCGAGAAGGGCUGGACGAAAGCCAACGAAGGCAGGGUGCUGAGGGUUAACGGCGCGAGUUCGUACGAGGAGUUGACGCAGGCAGUGCGCGAGGCACGUGGCGGUGGUGGCGGUGGUGAGAAGUGAGCACGCCGAUAGGAAGGAGAGAAGCGCUCUUGAAUUGCGAAAGGAGGCGUGAAAGAGGGGAGGACCUGGUUGAGCAACCCCAAACGAAGACGACCUCUCAUACAUGUACGGUUGGCACGAGCUAUGUAUGUUAAAGCGUGCAUUGUGCGUGGUAUUGUCAUCCAGUGGAAGUUUGUGCCAUCAAGGCCGGGUAUCAGUCUGAAGGAUGCGCAACUACAGUAGGAGGACUCAGUACAAUAAGGGUGUAUACUAUCUGGAAGGGACGGGAUAUAUAGUAAAGGGGCGUGAAGAUACUGGGAGGAUAGAGCAUGGUGGUACUGCAUUUUAUAUACGUUGAUAUAUAAACAGUCUACUAAAGCAGUUGUCUCGCCCUUUUUUCGCUCAUCCAAGGUGUGGAGUGGGAUUGGCCUGGUCGUCGGCGAAAACACCAACCGACGACGAUGCACGGUUGGCUCCGUUGGGGAUGCGAGGAUAGCUUCUUGCGCCCAGCUUCCGAGUGGGUGUUGCAAUGGGUCUUCAGCGUACGUACCCUCUGUUAUGGGUACUUAGUUGGGUUUACUGUGCUACUUCGAAGGUUCGGUCCCUGUCGCACAGACAAGAGGACGCGCAGCAGGUGCUGAAAAGAGAUCCAGACGACCUUU